CGUGACAUUUUUGCACAUCAGGCGGGAGGAAUUUCGCAGGUGCACUGGAUGAACUUUCACCCCCACAAACGGAUUCAUUGUUUUGAUUCAGCUAGCGUUGCAUUGCAUAUUUAUGUGCUUAGAGACCACCCGAUUGAUAGCUUCCAUAGGAACAGCCGUUGUUGAGUGAUGCCUAUGUAGCUAGACGGAACCGUUGUGUUGUCCGAAAGACGAACAAAAACAAUGUUGUCUCUGGAACGUUAUUAUAGCAUAGCUAGCGAGCUGGCUAACCUGACCUUUCGCAACAACAACAUGGGAACGCUAUUACAACGGAGCUGAUCAAUAAUUUAUCGCCACUGGUCAAUUAACGUUACUUAGUACAGACAAAUUUAUGCUUACUUACACUUUGCUAACAUUUUGAAAAGGUAAGUUGAUUCGCCAGCUAACUUGACUAGCUACGAAAGUUAGCUCCUUGGUUACCAGGUUACGGUCAGCUGUUCCAGCAAUCAAUGUUGGAUGAUGUUCCAGCAAUCAAUGUUGGAUGAUGUUCCAGCAAUCAAUGUUGGAUGAUGUUCCAGCAAUCAAUGUUGGAUGAUGUUCCAGCAAUCAAUGUUGGAUGAUGUUCCAGCAAUCAUUGUUGGAUGAUGUUCCAGCAAUCAGUGUUGGAUGAUGUUCCAGCAAUCAAUGUUGGAUGAUGUUCCAGCAAUCAAUGUUGGAUGAUGUUCCAGCAAUCAAUGUUUGAUGCUCUCACAAUGAUCGAUGACAUUGGUUAGCUAAAAUGAACUGCUAAAUAAUAAUGUUAUGUCAAUAUGUUGUCAUGUUUUUCUGUCAUCUGUCUGCCAAUUGAUAAUAUUUCAUAAUGUGUUGUGAUGGAUACAGUUUUAUUAACGUUAUUUCACCUGAAACAGUCACUAACUUCCAAUGGGCGAGGAAAAGCCAGAGACGUUGGACUUCGUCAAAGACUUCCAAGAGUAUCUCAGUCAGCAGACUCAACAUGUGAACAUGAUCUCAGGCUCUGUCAGUGGCGUCAAAGAGGUGGACGAGUUGCCAGCAGACUGCAGUCGGAAUGGGCUGGACCAUCCCUCAGCAGAUAUGUCCCUUGACGACGGCUCAGGGAUGCUGGUGGAUGGCUUCGAGAGAACAUAUGAUGGCAAACUCAAGUGCCGUUACUGUAACUAUGCCACCAGAGGCACAGCACGAUUAAUUGAGCACAUCCGCAUUCACACAGGAGAGAAACCCCACAGAUGCCACCUGUGCCCCUUCGCCUCUGCCUAUUUGCGCCAUCUAGAGGCCCACAUGCGCUCCCACACAGGAGAGAAGCCUUACAAGUGUGAGCUGUGCUCCUUCCGCUGCAGUGACCGUAGCAACCUGUCACACCACCGCCGCCGCCGCCACAAGCUCUUACCAAUGAAGGGUGCUCGCUCCUCUCUCUCCCACAAGAAGAUGCUGAGCGUCUUGCAGAAGAAGACCAGCCUGGGGUACGGUCGCCGACUCCUCAUCAACUUCAGCCCCCCCUCCAUGGUGGUGCACAAGGCCGAGCACCUGGAUGACUACUCCCACGAGCUGCCCCACCUGCGCCAGGAGACCUACGACAACCAGGGCGCUGGUGGAGAUGGUAGCUCAAUGGACGACCACCACAAUCAUCACCACAACCUGGUCAUGGAAAACCCCCUCAACCAACUCUCGACCCUGGCCGGCCAGCUGGCCAGCCUGCCCUCGGAGGCUGAGGACCAGACCCAGCAGCCUCCCAUGUCUCCAGGUGCAGAGUCCUGUGUGGACGAGAAGCCCUUCCUCAUCCAGCAGCCUCACCCAGCCACUGCUCCUGCUGCUGUGUCAGCCAGCACUGCCCAUGCCUCUUCCUCCUCCAUCACCCCAGAGCCCAGGCCCCCACCACACAGCAACUGCAGCCCCGGGGCAGAUCCCCGCAGUGAGCAUAGUGGGCGCACCAGUACCCCCAGCAUCACCAACAGCCAGCCCAGCACACCAGCCCCGGGCCUGCCCUCUCUGCAUCAAGACCCCCAGAUGCUGCACCACUGCCAGCACUGUGACAUCUACUUUCCUGAUAACAUCCUGUACACCAUCCACAUGGGCUGCCACGGCUACGAGAACCCCUUCCAGUGCAACAUCUGUGGCCACAGGUGCAGGAGCAAGUACGACUUUGCCUGCCAUUUUGCCAGAGGGCAGCAUAAGCAGUGACCUGUUGCCGGGUCAGUGACUAGAGAGAAUGAAUGGAGGUUAUUUUUAUUUAAUUCCAUGGUGAUUUUAUUUAUUGCUGUUGAACUUUCUGAAAUUGGCCUUGAUGUAGCCUCUGAAAAUUCCAUGUAGUGAAUUAGAUUUUAUAGGAGGAUAAUAACAUAUUUGACAGUGCCCAUGCAUUUGUAGCUAGAGUGUAGGGAUGGAGUGGUUUUAGAGGUACAUGUCACUUGGCCUGUUUGAUCAUGAACAUUCCUCAUGUGGGUUUUUGACAUGAACACUAUUUUCCGCCUUACGAACAUAGUUCUAGAUGAUGCUAACCCCUUUGUGAGAGUGCUCUUUAGUGGCUGUAACCAUAACCAACUAAACCAUUUCAGAGUGAAAGACUGCACCAUUCAUGCCUCCCAACAGUGCCUGCGAUAUUCACAAUCUCUUUACCUGUACUGAAAUGGACACAUCUUAUAUGUUGAGAUGUUUUUGCGUUCGUUUUCUUCUUGCCAUUUGUGAUGGAUCGGUACACAGUGCCCUACUUUAACCACCGGUAGGCAGCCUAGCGGUUAGAGGGUUGGGCCAGUAACUGAAUGGUCGCAGGUUUGAAUGCCGAGCCGACAAGGAGAAAAAUCUGUGCUCCUGAGCAAGGCACUUAACCCUAAUUUGCUCCAGGGACACCGUACUACUAUGGCGGACCUUGUAAAACAAAACAUUUCACUGCACCUCUCCGGUGUAUGUGACAAUAAGUGCUUUUCUUAUUUGAGCAACUUUUUGUUAUUUGGAUGUUGCAUAGAAUAAAGCCUAACCUAUACAUCAUGUUAUAUUCUGACCUUUAAAUAACAUAUGUCAUUGCGAGAUCUAACACCUUUACUGUCAAAGCAGUAUCACCAUAUCUCUCUCUUCUCCUUUGUCAUGUCUAUUGAGUUCAAAAUGGCCAAGUAGCACCAGAGAUGCCAUGUGUUAGCAUACAUGCCAUGCCUUGGGAUUCCUCCUGUCCUGCAUUAAUCAAGGCAUUGCAUAUUGUGGAUCUCAAUGCUUUUUUUGACAUUUAUUGAGUAUUCUAUUCUACAUUUUCUGGCCUGAUGGGUGUUGUCAAUGACAUUGACAUUAUGCUGAAGUGAAGACUACUGCCUUAGCAGGGUUGUUUUAUAUUGGAAACUGUUGUCUGUUGCAUAGCAACAUUUGUGAAGAAUAGUUACUUUUUCUAGGACUAGUUGCAUGUCAACAUGCUUACAGGCAUCCAAUGUUGGAGGGGGAAGUUCACAGAAGGAGAAACACCUGUAAGGGAAUUUGUUUGUGUUGUGUCUUUUAUGGGACAGGUGAAUGUUGAAGUGUUUUGGCGGUCAAAUUUUAUGUGAGAGGAAAUAUUAACACAUUUCUGAGUAAAGUGUUUUCUAACAGAUUGUU